UUCACUUUCAUGUUUUUCACUACGUGACCAUUUUCUGAAUGAAAGUAAUUUCCCAACAACUGUUCAGAAAAUCGCAAAUUUUUACUUGAGUGUUGCGCAAACUGUGUGUAUAUUUAUUUGAUCCAAAAGGAAAUGAUUCCACUGCGUCGACUGGACAUUGGUGUUCGCAUCCGGAUUGGACAACACUUUGGAACCAUACGAUACAUUGGAGAGGUGGCCAAUACCGAAGGAGAAUGGGUUGGUGUUGAAUGGGACGAUCCUCAACGAGGCAAACAUUCCGGAUUGGUGAAUGGAGUUGAGUAUUUCCAAACAAGGCAUGAGGGCUCCGGUUCGAUGAUCCGAAGCGAAAAAAUCCCAACGUUCAUGACACUCCUGGAGGCAAUCAAUGACAAAUACAUCAUGACUGAGGACACCCUCGGUUUGGAUGCAGAGAUGUUAAAGGAAGUACAAAAACAACUGCAUGCGUCACUGUUUGAAGUCGUCGGAAUGAAAAAGAUUGGUGGCAAGCAAAGUAAUUUGAGCCAUUUGAUUGACGCUUCGGUAGAUUAUUAUCCGGUAAAUUCUGCUGGAGAUUUAUCCUCUCUUACAUCUCUCAGCUCACUGGAUGUUUCAGCUACAUUGCUCUGGAACUGGAAACUAGUGGGUGAUAUUAUUGCGCAAAUUCCUACCCUGCAAGAGAUAAAUCUGUCUAACAAUCGUCUUGUCAGACCAACUGACGACGAAAUCUGUUCGUUGGUAACCAAAUUCACCAAUUUGAAGAAAUUGAUCCUGAAGAAAUGUGCUAUUAGCUCAUGGUCUGAAAUAGUACGGCUAGCUCGAAUGUGGCCACUCAUUGAAAGUCUAUCGCUAGAGGACAAUGAACUGCGUGACAUCACGGAAGAAAGUUAUGCACUGGCGUUCACCAAGUUACGUGUUCUGGAUAUUCAAAAUAAUCAUAUAUCUGAUCAGAUGUCGAUUAAUGCGUUAGGGCAGCUACCAGAACUGGAAGAACUGUCACUUAAUGCGAAUGAAAUUUGUGAAAUUAAUUUUCCCGAUUGUUCACAUACGGAAAAGAUUACUCUCUUCCCCAAGCUAAGGGUACUCUAUCUACGUGACAAUCCAAUCAUCGACCAGUGCGCGACAUUUAACGAACUGGACAAACUGAAAAAGCUGGAGCAUUUAACGAUGGAUCCGGAUUCGAGUGUGAGCUACGAGGAAACGGUGGCGAGAGUCGUGGGAUCCAUCAAAGGGUUAAAAACAUUCAAUCGAUCAGGAAUCAGUGAAAAACUGCGCCGUGAUUCGGAGUGUGACAUGUGGAAAAUGUUUGCCGUCCAGUGGUGCCUGGUUCGAAACGAUGCUCAGCAUCUGAAGGCAUUUUUCAAGGCACAUCGUAUGUAUCCUCGGAUAUUGGAAAGAUUGGGCAGCCCGGAACAAUUUCUUCCUGAAACCCGUAAGGUCUCCAACAUGUUGAAUCUUCAUCUGCUGAAUGAACGAACUGGUGAAAUGCUCGAAAAAAAGGUCCCAAAGAGAAUUAAUUUGCAAACAUUGGAGAACUUGAUAGUCAAACUGUUUGGCCCAUCGGAUCGCCAGGGAGGACUGCAAUUGUCGCUGUUCGAUCGUAAACGGGACGUUCGGAUUCCACUGGAAAAUCACGGUAAAAGUUUAGAUUUCUAUUCAGUCGAGGAUCAGGACACGAUUGUAUUCUAAUUACGCCAGUGGCACACUUUUUGUAUUUGGAUUGAGAUUGCUGAUGACAUACAAAUUUUUCGUCGCCGUACGACUGUAACUCAAAGACCCUUAGCCGUUAUUUAUUCUGCGUCCUUAAUCUCAGAUAUUCUGAAAUUUAUCUCUGUUGAAUUGAAACUUGUAUUUUAUUGAAGCAAAAUAUUGUUUAAAGCAUAAUAAAAACAACACAAUGAGAGACGCAUACACAAGGAUGCUUAAAUUCCAUCUACACAGUAAAUUUUGAAAUCAGGAUUUACAAUUUCAAAUAAAACUAGCUAAUCAAGCGCACCGGAA